CGCCGCGCUUCCUCCGCCCGGGCUUCCGCGUAGCAGCCCCGGGAACCGGAGCGCGGGCGGGAUCCUGCGUCUCGGCGGGCAGUGAGGACGGAGCUGCACCUGGGGGCCCGGGUCAGGGCAGAAACCUGGACUGAGGCAGCGGGCGCCGCGUUCCUGCGAGAUGGACGGGCCGGAAGGCAGUACCGGGCAUCCCGGCCCAGCUGAUCGGUCCCAUCGAAGCAGUGUAUCCUCCGUGGGAGCCCGAGCAGCCGACGUGCUGGUGUACCUGGCGGAUGAUUCGAUCGUGCCCCUGGCCAUGGAGAACCUGCCCUCACUCAGUGCCCACGAGCUGCAUCGGGCCAUCCGCGAGGUUCUACAGCUUCCAGACAUUGCCCUGGACGCCUUCGCGCUCUGGCUCGUCUCCCCUCUGCUGGAGGUGCAGCUGAAGCCCAAGCACCAGCCCUACAAGCUGGGCCGCCAGUGGCAGGAGCUGCUGCUGCGAUUCACUGACGCCCCAGAUGACGACGUGGCCAUGGAUGAGCCUUCCCUACAGUUCCGGAGAAACGUGUUUUUCCCCAAAUGGCGGGAGCUCCAGAUCCACGAUAAGGAGGUCCUGCGGCUGCUCUAUGAGGAGGCCAAGGGCAACGUGCUGGCCGCCCGGUACCCCUGCGACAUGGAGGACUGCGAGGCCCUGGGCGCCCUGGUGUGCCGCGUGCAGCUUGGGCCCUACCAGCCUGGCCAGCCCGCUGCCUGCGCCCUGAGGGAGAAGCUGGACUCCUUCCUCCCUGCCCACCUCUGCAAGCGGGGCCACGGGCUCUUCGCUGCUCUCCGGGGCCGUGGGGCCAAGACCGGCAUGGGCGAGCAGGGCCUGCUGAACGCCUACCGCCAGGUGCAGGAGGGAGCCGACAGCGACAGCGAGUGUGAGGCCUCCCUCAGCCCCCACUACCGCGCCUACCUCCUCAAGUGCCACGAGCUGCCCUUCUACGGGUGUGCCUUCUUCCACGGCGAGAUUGACAAGCCAGCCCAGGGUUUUUUGCACCGGGGCGGGCGCAAGCCAGUGUCUGUGGCCAUCAGCCUGGAUGGCGUGCAUGUCAUCGACUGCAGGGAGAAGCACGUCCUGCUGGGCCUGCGCUUCCAGGAGCUGUCCUGGGACCAUACCUCCCCCGAGGAGGAGGAGUCUGUGCUAUGGCUGGAGUUCGACGGGGACAACGAGGGCACACCGGUUAACAAGCUCCUCAAGAUCUACUCCAAGCAGGCCGAGCUGAUGAGCAGCCUCAUCGAGUACUGCAUCGAGCUGAGCCAGGCUGCGGAGCCUGCCGCCUCCCACGAGGCCGGCCCCACCUCGGCCUCUGGCUCCUUACCGCCCCCUCACCAGCGCCCCCAGCUGCGGAGGCAGGGCAGUGUGGUGUGCAGCCGCAUCCAGCACCUCUCCACCAUCGACUACGUGGAGGAGGGCGAGAUGAUCAAGCGGGUGAAACCGAAACGCAGCACAUCCUUCUUCAGCCGGCAGCUCUCCGUGGGCCAGGGAAGCUACACCGUGGUGCAGCCCGCCGACAGCCUGGAGCAGGGCUGAGGGCCGCCUUGCAGGCAGGAGGGCAUGGGGGCAUCGUGCUGCCCGAAGGCAAAUGCCGGGGUGGGGGGCGGGGAGGGCGGCCUCUGCGUGUCGACAAGUCACUUCUGGGCCGGGCUAGGGUGUGCAGAGCUGGCUGGGGGCUGCCGCAGGCUCCCUCUCGCAGCCUGCCUGCCGUCCCCUGGACUCCGGGCUCCGCUGCUGUCUCUGAACCAGUCUGACCAGGCCCUGGCCACCCGCUCCCACCCAGGGGCUCGCCUUUGUGCCCCUCUCAAGACAGAGUAUCCCCCGCUCAGAAGUCCCUCUGGUGGCAGGUGGCUGAGCAGUAGGGCUCAGGACGCUGCAGAGGAGAGUGUGUGUGUCUUUGGUUUUUUCCCUGGACGUUGGGGACCACAUCCCCACACUCCAGCUCAUUAGGCCAGGCUGGGACACGGCCCUGCAGGAAGAGGGUAGGGGGCCUCCACAGACAGUGAAGCCCCCACAGAGCCCUCUCCAGCUGGAUGGAACUGGAGGGUCCCCUGUGCCCCUCCUGCUAGUCUCCCUUGUGAGCAGGAGACCCUGACCAGAAGGAAAGUCUGCUUGCUGAUCUUUGGUGGUGUCACUGUGCUGGGAGGUGGCCUGCGGGCCCACACUCCACACCCAGAGGAGCUCCCAAACCCCCUGGGGGCUUCCAGUUUCAGUUUUGAUCUUCUUUAUGAUCUGCUUUGGUUCCAUGAAGGCUGUGAAUUCAGGCGACUCACGAGGGUGCCCCCGCCAUCUCGGAGCUGCUGGCACUCCUUCCAGGAUGGUCCUGUGGUUUCAUCCAGCCCCAGGCUCAUGCUCGGGAAGUCCCUGGCCGGGAUGGGUCUCUUCUUUCUCGGGGACUUUGUAGGGAGGUGGAUGUGGCCUGGGUGGAGCUCUUCCCACGGCCUCCUGCCUCCUCCCAGAAGAGCUGGCCUCUCAGCCUUGGGCUCCUUCUGGGUGGUCACCCCACCACCACCGUCAGGGGCGCUUCCGGGGACUUUCCAUAGGAAGGAGGCAGAUCCAGCCGGACACAGGGUUUUCUUUGGAGAAUGUGGGGACACGAAUGUGAACCUCCUGUCUCCGGAUGUCAGAGCCCACUCACCUCCUCCCUUUGUUGGCUCUUGAACUCCAGAUGUUUCCAGCGGGGCUUGCCCUCCAGCAGUAGGGACUUUGGUAUCUGUCAUAAUGAAUGGGUGUCUCCCAGCUAGAGAACAUCUCAUCUCUCCUGGAGACCUCACUGGCUCCCAGCCCCUCUGGCUCCUAGCCCUCCGGUUAUCUGCUCCCACUCACUGUUUUGAUGCCAGGUGAAUUCUUAUCUGAUAGAUUGAGGGGCCUGAGGGAUGUGAUGGGUGUGUGUGUACACAGAUUACUUGUUUUGACUCUUCAGCCUCUUCUUCCUGUUUUCUGAGCAACCACUGUGCCUUAACUUUUUCUGUCUGCCCUUGUGGGACAAAGCAGUGUUUCACUAAGUGCCCUUUGAAUAUUCCUAUCCUUUUGUAUCAUGUGACUUAUUAAAAUCAAUUUCCAGCAAA